AGCGUACGGUUUGUAUUCUGCUUGUUAUGUACAAUCCUACGCGAGCUGGGUUUGAUACACAGCACGUCGGUGUGGUAGAUGAGACUUCCAGGUCAUCCACUGCUUCAUAUGCAUCGUCCAUCAGCACUGACAGUAGUGGCGUUAACGGCUUUGGAGGGUGGCAGAAGGCCGGUGUCACCGAGUAUAACACGUCGUGGGCCCGUCGGGGCACAAAUUUCUCUGAUUCGACCUUCGUUGGUUCAACAGCAAGCAGCGAAGAGAAUACCACUCUCACCGGUGAUGAAGACUCUUCCAUUGUGAGUGCGUUUGCCGGCACUUGCAAGGAGGAUACUCUUAUCAUCUUCGACUGGGAUGACACCAUCCUUCCCACUCGCUUCCUCACCGUUGAAUGUGGUUUGAGGGUCGACGGCCCCUGCCCUAACCCCGAGCUUCGGAAGACCCUAGACGCCUAUGCACAGCUGGCCAAUGCUACCUUGUUGACAGCUAUGGAACUAGGUACCGUUAUCAUAAUAACAAACGCUGAAACUGGUUGGUUGCCAUUGACUUGUGCCAAGUUUUUGCCGUCUCUCUUGCCUACAGUGAACUCCAUCUAUCACACUUCAGCCAGGAGUACCUACGAGCCUCAGGGGUUCGCUUCGGCCUUCGACUGGAAGGACCAAGCAUUCCGUCAAUCCAUCGUGUCGCAUUUCUCUGAGGUUCCUUAUGUACCAGGGCGUCGCCGAUGUGUUAUAUCCCUCGGUGACUCUGCCCAUGAGCGGAUGGCUGCGAUAUAUGCUUGCCGUGAGUUCAACGAACAGUCCAUGAUAGAUUCCUCAUCACCAGCCGGGUUACUCUGCAAGAGUCUUAAAUUCAUGGAACGCCCCGAUCUGGAACAUCUACGGAAGGAACAGUACCUCAUACAAGAUUGCCUAGCUCAAAUUGUCCGCUAUGACCAAGACCUCGAUCUAUGCAUUCAGCCCCAGCACUGUGUUGCUUCCCGUGACGUGUCUCAGCAUGAAGCCCCCGGCGCACAGUGUAAUGCGGCGACUAUGGCCGCCCAUGGUGGCUGACACUCACAGCCCCCUCGUACACUACAAAUUUAGUUGUAAUAUUCCUACUGACCAAUUGGUAGUAGUCUACCUGUGCCACGGUAUAUGUUGACUGCGGUUGCUGCGUACUCACGCAGACCAGAAUGCCGUAUUUCCAAACGAAGCAUCGUGUGAUGUAUCAUCUUUUGAAUUCAUCUUCUCAUGCAUCGUGAAACUCGAGCUACCUGCCAGU